AAAAGAAAGCAGAGAGGUGAGAAAAAAGGAAAAGGUUAGAGGGAGGGGAAAUCGAGAAAAAGAAAAGCGGGGAAGGAAGUAGGAAGAAGGAAUGAGUGCAACGCUGUGUCCUUCCAGUUACAUAAUUUCCUCUUAUCUCUCUCCCCAUUAUUAUUCGUACAAGCACAAAGCAAACCCUAAUUUCAAUGCCUUUUUGGGUUUCUCUGUGUCUCUGCACCGACGCCUCGGUAACUGGAAGAAGAAGACCACACCCAAGCCAUUUCUGUCAAGACGGACGUGGCUUUAUGGACAUGUGAAUAGAGAUCAAGAUAGAUACAGUCCAGAUUGCGAAUUGAAGGGUUCUGAUGAAGAACUAGGCACACGGAUUCCAACUCAGGCCCAAUCAGUUGUGGAAGGAUCAGGGACAGUUCGUGUAUCAGAGUUCCAGCCUGUUCCUGAUGUUGAUUAUCUACAGGAGUUAUUGGCUAUUCAACAGCAAGGACCUAGAGCUAUUGGCUUUUUUGGAACGCGGAACAUGGGAUUCAUGCAUCAGGAACUAAUUGAGAUUCUUAGCUAUGCUAUGGUUAUAACUAAAAACCACAUAUAUACAUCUGGAGCAUCUGGAACUAAUGCAGCUGUUAUCCGAGGUGCUUUAAGGGCAGAAAAACCAGAGUUGCUUACAGUCAUAUUGCCUCAAAGUUUAAGCAAGCAGCCUCCUGAGAGUCAGGAGCUAUUGUCCAAAGUGAAAAAUGUGAUAGAGAAGCCCCACAAUGAUCAUCUACCUCUAAUAGAAGCCAGCAGGCUAUGUAAUAUGGAUAUCAUUUCACACGUGCAGCAAGUCAUUUGCUUUGCUUUCCAUGAUAGUAGGUUGCUCAUGGAAACUUGUCAAGAAGCAAAAAAUCUGCGGAAGAUUGUGACUCUCUUCUACCUCGACUGACACAAUUUUUAUGCAUGUCUAUACAUUAUUUCUCUGCGUAAGUGGGGGUUGGAAUAGUGUCCUGCUUAUUUUUGGUUUGUAAUUAUAAUAUUCAAUGAGAUGUUGCAUUAACUUGCUUCGUUGAAGCUCAGUUGGAAAGCUAUUUAAUCUCAUUCUUGGAGAAUGGUUGUGAAGAAGAAAAUACUUCAAAAUACUUAUGGAUUUACGUUUAUAUAUU